GCCCACCCAGAGACACUGUUGCACCUAGGGCAGUCCAGGAGUGAAUGUAGCACCCCAGGCCCCAGCCCUCCACCAGGAGGACAGUCCCAUGCAUUCACUGCUAAUAAGCACUGGAUGCGGAUGGCAGAUCAUGUGACCCCAGCUGGAAGUUCAUCCUGAAGUCUCGCUGAAAUACCUCCUGCUGCAGCCAGCCUGGGGCUGCACGAGUGUGGCUGGGCAGGUUUUGUUCCCCUGGUGCCCUCCGUCCUCGGGGAGGCUUCUGGGAAUAAAGUCCCAUUAACAGAGGUGCAGAAGGCCCCUAGAGUCAGUCUCUGUUCCAGGACCCUUCUCUUUUCAGGCUGGGGCUGAAGUCAGGGCCCAGAGGCUGCCACUGGACAGGUGCCGCGAAGGGGCAUCAGCUAGGGCCUGGGGAGACCUAGGUGUCACUUCUUGCAGAAAGCAGGGAAAGGGGCAGACCCACAGUGAGAGAGAGGUGGUUGGACUCUGGCCAUGAGAACUGCACCAGCUGAGGCCCCCUCUGCCGGAGUUGCUCAGGGCAGUGAACCUUGGAAGCCCCAGGCUGGUCCUGAUGUUUGGCGUGUGGCACAGUGACCAGGAGGAGGGACACAGGUCUGGUGGGAAGGGAGGGAACCUGGAUAUGUCCGGCUCUGAGACUCGACUGUCACGGCCCCCUGUGCCAAGGCCUCCCAUCCCCUGCCCUGCCCGGACCCCGUUCCUGGGAUCGGAGGGAGCCCCCAGCCCCACCCCACUUUCUCCCAGGUCCACAGCUUCCCCAGGCCAGUGGAGCAGAGUGUAGGCCAGCUUGGGUCCUACACCACUAGCCAAGGGGGCUGAGGGGAGGCAGGGAGGAGGGCAUUUGGGGAGCCCAGUGAGGGAAGAUGAGCUGACCUGUGUGAGUGCAGGGUCCCUGCCUCCCAGAGUCGCCACCCACCGGUCUCUCCUCAGCCUCCUUAGUGUGACGAUUUCUGCCUCCAGAAGCAUCCCUGGGUGACAGUGAGCCGGACAGCUCCAAGAGCCUGCCUAGGUGUGAGGGGGAGACACAGUCCCAUCCCCCCAUGCUUGACAGUCCUGGCAGCUGUCCCUGAAGGUAGUGAGUCCCCAUUUCUAGGUGCUGAGCAGAAGGUAAUGUGGUGAGGAUGCUGUCAGUUGAGAGUUGGGAGUGGCCCGGGACUCCCUGGUCCCGUCUGUGCUCGGGGACAGGAAUGUGCUGCAUAGAGGCACUGGGUGUGGGAGCUCGUGUGUGUAAGAAGCCUGAAGCUGACCCCUGGGGUACCGGAGUCCUGGGGUUCUCAGGGGAUCCUGCAUACAGAGGACAAGGAUGUACGUGUACUCUAGUGUAUGUCCAGCCCACAUGUGUGCACAUAUUCACGCGCGGGUACUUGCACACAGGGCAAGUGGAUUGCGGGUAAGGAGCACCAGCCCCGUGUGUGGAGUGGGUGUGCAAAGGGGUGUGUUCUGGCAUGCACAGAGGGCAGUGUGCACGCAGCACCGGAGCCAGGCGUGCUGUGUCCCAGGGGAGGGUGGCUGCCUGGUGCCUCUUGGAAGGUGUGGGCCUGGGAGGAGCCUUCUUCUGACUUUGGACUUGGAAACUGCUUCCUCCUGGACUCAAAGACCUUUGAAGAGGGUGUAUGGGGCUGUACUAGGGGGCAUCCUGUCCCCAGCCCUGCCUCUCACCCCCCAACCCCUAGGCACUGGAAUAGCAGGGCCACAGGUACUCAGGAGGGCUUGGCAUGUGGGGCCAUGAAAGAAGAGGCGUGGAACCAACACCAUCCACAUUUCCUUACCUCUGUUCCCACAUGGCCAGUGCUGGCCCCACUGAUCUGCAUCAGGCUGUCCUUAGUGUCUCUGCUCCCCACCCCACCCAACCUGCCCCAUCCCUGGCAUAGCUGAGCCCCAAUCCUUAGCAUCUGGAGAGACAGAGGUGAGGGACAUGUCCCCCUGGGAGUUGUAGGUCCAAGGAGACCCUAUGGGUGAGGAUGCUCUCCCGGAGGCCAGCACGGCACAGAGGCUUCCUGCAGGAGGGGGCACUUGGCCAGCCCUUUACAGUACAGAGAAGGCCUCUGAGGGGGCGGGGAGCCAGUGAGCUGCAGGGAGCGUGCUGGGCACAGCAGGUACUGGGAGUGGAAAGGAAGGUUAGGACCAGGUAGGGCAGAGGAGCGGAGGGGCUGAGAGGACUGGGCUCUGCACUGCCGGGCACCUGCUGGGGUGGGUAGGAGAGAGCAGGGAGGGGCGCGUGCCCACUCUGCAGAGGAGCCUGCUUCAUGGUGGUGGCUGCCGCAGGAGCAGCGGUUGCCUGGCACCUCUGCUGUUGCCAUGGUGACAAUGGAGGUGCUAACUUGCUAAUGAAUCCCCUUCGGCUGCAAAUAACAAUACUGUUGUGGGUGAUAGGCCCAGCUCCAGCUCAGCAUUGCUUAGGAGGCAGAGCAGGGCCAGGUAAAGGCCAGGACCCAUCCUCCCACCCCUCCAGCCCCUGCCCACCGCCCUGCAGCUGGACUUGCCCUCCUCCCUCCCCUCCCUCUGGGUCUCAGACCUGGCUGGCUGCACCGAGGUCUCUCAUGGCAGUGUCAGGACUCAAGGCUGUAUGAAGGCUAGGCCCUGGCUGCAGGGAGGGCGAGGGCCUCUCUUCACACCUGCCCUCUUCUCUGCACUGGGGGGUAUUUGCUUCUGUUGUUUUCAGUGAGAGAGAAUCCACCCCCACUUAACGGAUGAGGACAUUGAGGCUGGGGCGGCUCUUCAAAAGACCCCCAGCCCAAGUGUCCCUGCCACUGCGGCCUUCUCGGGGUUCUGGGUCUCUAAGCUGGGCCCUUGGGUGUCGUAUGGGGCACCUGGAGCCGCUGUCUCACCAGGACCACACAUCUGGGCCCUGGCCUCUCACCACCUGCGCAAGGCUCAGGUAGAACUCGGGAACGACAGACAGCUCAUCGAGGCCCCCCUGUAAGCAGUCAGGGAUCCCCCUGGCAGGCAGAGACCCUCCACAGCAGGCAGGCAGCAGGCCCUUUUGCUGUCGAACUUGCUGGGUCUGGCCCUGGAGAGGACUCCCAGGCCUCGUUCCCCACCCUGUGGUGGAGGCUGGAGCACCGGCCCAGGAACGGUCCGGCACCAUGUGCUAGGUCACUCCCAGCACGAGGCCACACCUGCGCCGUCGGAGCAGCCCCUCCUCACUUCAGGGGUCACCCUCCCCAGCACCCAUUGCCCCACCAUGGCCGGGGACCAGCUCCCAAGGAAGGUGAUGGAUGCCAAGAAGCUGGCCAGCCUGCUGCGGGGCGGGCCUGGGGGGCCGCUGGUCAUCGACAGCCGCUCCUUCGUGGAGUACAACAGCUGGCAUGUGCUCAGCUCCGUCAACAUCUGCUGCUCCAAGCUGGUGAAGCGGCGGCUGCAGCAGGGCAAGGUGACCAUUGCGGAGCUCAUCCAGCCAGCUGCACGCAGCCAGGUGGAGGCCACGGAGCCACAGGACGUGGUGGUCUAUGACCAGAGCACACGGGAUGCCAGCGUGCUCGCUGCAGACAGCUUCCUCUCCAUCCUGCUGAGCAAGCUGGACGGCUGCUUCGACAGUGUGGCCAUCCUCACUGGGGGCUUCGCCACCUUCUCCUCCUGCUUCCCCGGUCUCUGCGAGGGCAAGCCUGCUGCCCUGCUACCCAUGAGCCUCUCCCAGCCCUGCCUGCCUGUGCCCAGCGUGGGCCUGACCCGCAUCCUGCCUCACCUCUACUUGGGCUCGCAGAAAGACGUCCUAAACAAGGAUCUGAUGACGCAAAAUGGAAUAAGCUACGUCCUCAACGCCAGCAACUCCUGCCCCAAGCCUGACUUCAUCUGCGAGAGCCGCUUCAUGAGGGUCCCCAUCAAUGACAACUACUGUGAAAAACUGCUGCCCUGGCUGGAUAAGUCCAUUGAGUUCAUUGAUAAAGCCAAGCUCUCCAGCUGCCAAGUCAUUGUCCACUGUCUGGCCGGUAUCUCCCGCUCUGCCACCAUCGCCAUCGCCUACAUCAUGAAGACCAUGGGCAUGUCCUCUGACGACGCCUACAGGUUCGUGAAGGACAGGCGCCCGUCUAUCUCGCCCAACUUCAACUUCCUGGGCCAGCUGCUGGAGUACGAGCGCAGCCUGAAGCUGCUGGCCGCCCUGCAGGGCGACCCGGGCACCCCCUCAGGGACGCCGGAGCCUCUGCCCAGUCCUGCCGCCGGGGCCCCGCUGCCACGGCUGCCACCAUCUACCUCAGAGAGCGCUGCCACAGGGAAUGCGGCUGCCAGAGAGGGCGGCCCGAGCGCGGGCGGGGAGGCCCCCGCGCCCCCCACGCCCCCGGCGACCAGCGCGCUGCAGCAGGGCCUGCGCGGCCUGCACCUCUCCUCGGACCGCCUGCAGGACACUAACCGCCUCAAGCGCUCCUUCUCCCUGGACAUCAAGUCGGCCUACGCCCCUAGCAGGCGGCCCGACGGCCCCGGGCCCCCUGACCCCGGCGAGGCACCGAAGCUCUGCAAGCUGGACAGCCCGUCGGGGGCCGCGCUGGGCCUGCCCUCGCCCAGCCCAGACAGCCCGGACGCCGCGCCCGAGGGACGCCCAAGGCACCGCCGGCGGCCCCGGCCCCCCGCCGGCUCCCCCGCGCGCUCCCCAGCGCACAGCCUCGGCCUGAACUUCGGCGACGCGGCCCGGCAGACUCCGCGGCACGGCCUCUCGGCCCUGUCGGCACCUGGGCUGCCCGGCCCUGGCCAGCCGGCCGGCCCCGGGGCCUGGGCACCGCCGCUCGACUCCCCGGGCACGCCAUCGCCCGACGGGCCCUGGUGCUUCAGCCCCGAGGGCGCACAGGGGGCGGGCGGGGUGCUGUUUGCGCCCUUCGGCCGGGCGGGCGCCCCGGGACCAGGCGGCGGCAGCGACCUGCGGCGGCGGGAGGCUGCGAGGGCUGAGCCCCGGGACGCGCGGACCGGCUGGCCCGAGGAGCCGGCCCCGGAGACGCAGUUCAAGCGUCGCAGCUGCCAGAUGGAGUUUGAGGAGGGCAUGGUGGAGGGGCGUGCACGCGGCGAGGAGCUGGCCGCCCUGGGCAAGCAGGCGAGCUUCUCGGGCAGCGUGGAGGUCAUUGAAGUGUCCUGACCCCUCCGCUACCCUCGGCUCCGCUGCCCGCAGCCAGGCCCGUUAUAAAUAUAUAUUAUAUAUAAUGCUAAGAAAGGUAAAUGGUUUUACUGGGAUUUUUAUCGAGAAGUAAAUAUUUCGAUUUUUUAUUUA